UGAAGAGGGGCACCGCGUAGCAAUCUCUACAGGAAAGAGAGGGGCGCAGCAGGUUCUGCAGAGGAGGAGGGGCUCGCUCUCGCGUGGACCAUCCUGCACAUCUGCCCCCUCCCUCUCCAGGUCUCGUGCAUCCGAGGGGCGUUUGCAGCUGGCUCCAGCCCUCUCCUCCCUUCCAGGUGCAAGGCUCAUGCAGCGGCUAAGGGAGAGGCUAGUGGUUAGAGCUGAAGCUGGAUGGAUGGGUAUGGGGAAAGGGGCAAGCGGCCAAGCCCUUGGACUGAUCCAGACCCUCUUUCUCUCUCUCUGCGUCUUCCCAACAGUGACGUCUCAGUGCAAAAUCAUGAAGUGCAAUUCUGAGUUCUUGGCGGCCACGUCGGGGCCCCACCACGUGGGGGCAGAGGACACCCCCGAGUUCUGCACGGCCCUCCGAGCCUACGCUCACUGCACUCACCGCACCGCCCGCACCUGCCGCGGAGACCUGGCUUACCACUCCGCCGUCCACGGCAUCGACGACCUGAUGGCCCAGCACAACUGCUCCAAAGACGGCCCCACUUCCCAGCCGCGGGUCCGCCCUCUGCCGCGAGGCGACAGCCAGGAGCGCUCAGACAGCCCGGAAAUCUGCCAUUAUGAGAAGAGCUUCCACAAACACUCUCCUCCUCCCAACUAUACGCACUGUGGGCUGUUUGGAGACCCCCACCUGAGGACUUUUUCUGACAGUUUCCAGACUUGCAUAGUCCAAGGGGCAUGGCCGCUCAUAAACAACAACUACCUGAAUGUGCAGGUCACCAACACACCUGUCUUACCUGGUUCCACGGCGACAGCUACUAGCAAGCUCACCAUAAUUUUCAAGAGCUUCCAAGAAUGCGUGGAGCAGAAAGUCUACCAGGCCGAAACGGAUGAACUCCCGGCGGCCUUUGCCGAUGGCUCCAAGAACGGUGGCGACAAGCAUGGCGCCAACAGCCUGAAGAUCACUGAGAAGGUGUCCGGCCAACACAUUGAGAUCCAGGCCAAGUAUAUUGGCACUACCAUUGUGGUGAGGCAGGUGGGCCGCUACCUCACCUUUGCUGUGAGGAUGCCCGAAGAGGUGGUGAAAGCGGUUGAAGACGGAGACAACCAGGGCCUCUACCUCUGUCUCUGGGGUUGCCCGCUUAACCAGCAGAUAGACUUCCAGGCCUUCCGUUCGACCGCGCAGACCACAGAGAACCGGGCUCGCCAGAAAGGGGCAAGCUCUCCGUCUCCGCCAGAGCAUUUCACCUAUGAGACAGCCACAGCAAAGUGCCGGGAGAAGCUUCCGGUGGAGGACUUAUACUUCCAGUCCUGUGUCUUCGACCUCUUGACGACGGGCGACGUCAACUUUACCCUUGCUGCUUACUAUGCCUUUGAAGACGUCAAAAUGCUGCACUCCAACAAAGACAAAUUGCACCUCUACGAACGGACACGAGACUUGGAGACAGGCAAUACGGCCCCCUUGGAGCCUCCCACACUUCUCCUUUUUCUGGGGGUGUUGGCAUGCUUGAGCCAGUGGACAGCUGUUUUCCUAUAGGCCGUCAUCUGUGGCAGACCUCCUGAGUCGGGGAAAACAAGAGAACAAUUGUACUGGGUAACUAAGAGGCUGAGCCAGCUGAGAGCGAACAGUUUUAGUGACUGCUUUUUCUCCAGGGGGAAAAACCCCCAGAAAAAGCAAUUGAUCGAAUAGGUUUGAACCUUCUUUCCAAGUGAAGGCCUCCUUUUAUGUUAAAGAGUUCUGAACUUGUGGUUGACCCCUGCUCUUGUUACCUUCCUCCUCUGAUAGGAAAGGAUAAUGGGAGGCUUCUCACUGUCCCCCCACCCCGAUCCCUCCAUGUUUGCUGUACUACAAAUGGUUGUGGUGAUUGUGACAUUGGCGUUUGUGUAAAAGUCAAAGUAGGCUGCUGCUUUUUUUUAGACAGGCAGUGGCAAGUUGCCAGUUCCAGAAAUGAACUGCAGGAUCAUGACUGAACAGAGGUGAAAGAAAGAAAGAAAGAAAGAAAGAAAGAAAGAAAGAAAGA